GAAAGAUGGGUUGUGCUGCAUCCUCCGAACCCAGAAAGACCGGCCCAGAGUAUGGUCAGUACAGCAUGCUGGGAAAUUACCAUCAGAAGCAGGAGGAAACCAAGCCACAGCAGCAGACAAAUGGAGGUCCACCCCCAGCUCCUGAAGACGAGCGUCUGUACCACACAGAUACAGAAGAUGAGGACGAAAAUCGUCUGACACCCCCACCACCGAUAGCUGAUCCGAAUAAACCGAAAGAGGAAGAACAAGUUCAAAAGAAAGAGGAGCAAACCCCUCCUCCUCCUCCCGUUCUACUUCAAAAGAAGGAAGAAGAAGUUCCUCCACCACCUGUAGAGGAAAAAGAAGAGGAAACUCCGCCACCGGCACCACCGGUAGAGGAGAAGGAAGAGGAAACUCCGCCACCGGAACCACCGGUAGAAGAGAAGGAAGAGGAAAUUCCGCCACCGGCACCACCGGUAGAAGAGAAGGAAGAGGAAACUCCGCCACCGGCACCACUGGUUUCGGAAUCUUCAUCAGUAGAGCCUCAGCCUAGUGAUGACAUUAAUGCUGGUCCUGGUAUUGAAGGGGUGGUAGCAGCUAAGGCAGUGGCCAGUGAAAUGAAAGAGGAUAUGCAAAGGCGUUUAGGGGUAGAUGUGAUGGUUGCCAAAGAAGAACUAGAAAUGGAGAGAUACACCAGUCCAGGGAAAAAUGAACCUCCAAAAUUUGGGGAAGGCUACGUUCAAAAUGAUAUCGGUCAAAAUGAAAUGCAUCUGGAUUUUCGUAAACACCCUGAGGAUUUCGACUAUGAAACUCGCCCUGAGGUUGCUCCUGGGCAGCUAUACGUGGACCACGACUUCCCUCUCAACGUAGCCAUGGGUAGUGAACAUGGCAGGAAACCAUUGGAAUGGAAACGCCCACCGGAAUUUGCUAGUGACCCCUGCCUAUUCUCGGACGGAACCAGUCGUUAUGACAUUGGACAGGGAUCUAUUGGGACAUGCUGGUUCUUGUCCUCCGUGUCUAAUGUCGCCGAUAAACCACAGCUCCUCAGAAGAAUUAUUCCAAGAGAUUCGUACCCUGUUGGAACCCCACAAUAUGACGGAAUCUUCCACUGUCGGUUUUGGAGGUUUGGUUACUGGGACGACGUCUUCAUUGACGACUACCUGCCAAUCAUUUACGGCAAUCAAAUUUACUCCGCCCACUCCAACACAGACCCAAGCGAAAUGUGGGUCGCUCUACUAGAGAAAGCCUUUUCAAGGAUGUAUGGAAGUUACACAGACGUGUCAGGGGGUAUGGCAGCUGAUUCCUAUAUGGCUCUUACCGGAGGAGUUCCUGAGGACAUCAAUCUCAAGAAAAUGACAAUGGAGCCUGAACAACUUCACUCACGUGUCAGACACGCCCUCUCCUCAGGAGCCGCCGUCACGUGCAGUGUUCCGUCAGAAUUUGACGGCCAUCACGGUUUGGUUGGAGGUCACGAGUACUCAUUGACUGGGGCUGUCAUGGCAAACGGAAUUCGACUUUUCCGAGUCCGGAACCCCUGGGGAAACACAGAGUGGACUGGACCAUACAGUGAUGGGAGUCGUGAGUGGCAAAGUCUUCCUAAGGAUAUUAUUGAUGCCCCCAACAAAGAUGACGGGGAGUUCUAUAUUUCUCUGGACCACUUUCUUAAUUUCUUUAGUACACUGACUAUUUGCAAUAUCACCCCCGACUUUGACAGCGACGGGUCAUCAGACUCUCUCAAAUAUUGUACAUCUCUUUAUGGGAAAUGGGAGGGCGAAGAGGCUGCAGGAUUCAGAGAGAAAAUCAAGAAUCCAAAGUUUCAGUUUACAGUCGAUGAAUCAAGUAUUGAUGAAAAUGGAAACGUCCCCUUUGUUGUGCAAAUCAUACAACGUACCAAACAGAGAAAGGCCAAGAAAGUUAACAUUCGUGCUGACCUCUAUAGGGUUUUGGAGAGUGAAUCUAAUGACCUCCUGGUUCUACAAGAAGAGGGAAUCCCAAGCAAAAAUAACAACUACAGAGGAGAUUCACAAACUUCCUUCCGGUUCUGCCUGCAUCCUGGGAAAUACGUGUGUAUACCCUCCACCAUGGAAGAGGGACAAGAGAAAGAAUUCAUGCUGCGACUUUACAGUGCUGGUCCACUGGGAGAUAUCAAGAAAAUUGAUUCUAACGAGAAGACAGUAAUGAACUGCAGCGGAGAAGGGGCAGAGAAAUACAGUCAUAUUAAAUGUGUUACGGGUCAGUGGACAGCUGGGUCAAAUGCCGGAGGACAGGUGUCACACAGCAGUUUCCAUAUCAACCCACAGAUUAAAAUCGACAUACCCAGUUCUCAAAAAGUGAAGAUUCAGUUGUUAUCCAGUUCAUCAGAUCCUGAGUAUCCUAUUGGGUUUAAACUAUUUCAGGUUGACGGAGAUCCGGUUCCAGCGAGUUUGGAUUGGCUGUACGAGCAUUAUGGGAAUGCUACCAAGACCGUUGACAGGGAUGACGGGCCGUUUGUGAUGGGUACUUCCGCCCCCGCGGAAUAUUCCCUGAACGCUGGCUCCUACAUCUGUUUGCUUCACAUGGAUCAACCUGACACCGAGAAAAGAUUCGCUGUCGUCAUCCGAUCCAGCACUCCUCUGGAUAAUAUCGAAACACAUCAAAUGGAGUAAGAAAGAACAAAACCAGAAAUUCUUAUGACCCAAUGCAAUCUGCUGAACAUUUUGUAAUAUUGGUAACUUCUUGGACAACUAGAGUAAUGCUAAUUGUAUUUUUGGAGACAUUAGAUAAAUCAUCAAUCAUCAUCUUUCUUUAUUGCAUGUACCUGUUCAUUUAUAGUAAACUUUGCUCA